GUGGGGCGGUGAGCUCUCUCCUCUUCACCGCCUUUGAAGCGACGAAAACCCCCUGCAUGGUCUUGCAAAUCGCCUGUCACGGUGUGGUACGUCGAGCUGUGCUACCACUUUCGUUUUGUGGGUUUUGGUCUCAACGCAUCUCAGGCCCCCCGUCCAUCUCUCUCUCCCUUUGGCUUUGGCACCGAGUCAAUGUUGCUUUUCAAAUAGACACAUUCGUUUCGGCCUCGAGCCAGAAUCUCUCUUCCGGCGCACCAUUAGACGACUUAGAAUACCCCCUGACCUAGCAUUAUCCUACGAUAGAAACGAACGAGCAUUCGAUUGUCUGAAUUCCGUCUUUUCGACCAGUGUCGACCUCGUCCGCCCUCGACCUCGAGACUCAAUUCGCCCGGCUUAAGAUCAUGGGCAAGACCAAUACCAAUGUUGGGAACCUGGAGCACAAACCUGAGACGUCCCCGGCGAUGAAGGCGCCGCCGAGCUGGACAACCCAGCCGCCCAAUUCUAGCAUGAAUAUCAUUAGGAAGGUGAAUAGGAAGGCGAAGAGGAAAGGCAACGGUCCGCUGAAGGGCUUGGCUUGCUGGCUGCUCGACCAUCAGACUGGCUUCUCCUUCAGUCUCAUCGCCCUCCUUUUCCUUACGCACGUUUCCAUAUCCGAGGCACGGCCAUACACGUCCAAGUUCUUCACGCUAUCGUACUACAACUCCAACACCGGGAAAUACGCUGCCGGCCACGACGACUUCUACUUCAUGGCCUUUUGCAUCGUUCUCUUCACUGGCCUCCGUGCAGGCUUUAUGGAAUAUGCUAUAGCUCCACUGGCUAGACGGUUGGGUUUAUCUAAGAGGAAAGAAGUUACCAGAUUCUCCGAACAAGGAUGGAUGCUGAUGUACUACAAUGUGUUCUGGCCCCUGGGAAUGUACAUUUACUACAACUCGCCAUAUUUUCUCAACAUGGAGGAACUAUGGACCGACUGGCCCCAGAGAGAGCUUGGUGGACUUAUGAAGGGAUAUAUACUGGGGCAAUGGUCUUUCUGGCUACAACAGGUACUCAUCCUCAAUAUUGAGGCUCGCCGGAAGGAUCACUGGCAAAUGCUGAGCCACCACUUGGUCACCAUUGCCCUCAUCUGUGCGUCAUACGCCUACCACCAGACUCGGGUCGGUAACCUGAUCUUGGUGCUGAUGGACAUUGUCGAUUUGGUUUUCCCCCUUGCCAAGUGCCUCAAAUACCUCGGCUUCACUACCAUUUGCGACGUUCUAUUCGGCGUAUUCAUCGUCCUGUGGCUUAUCUCGCGCCACGUGUUCUACCUCAUGACCUGUUGGAGCGUUUAUUCCGACCUGCCUCGGCUGGUAACGCCAGCCUGCUACAAGGGCAGCGCCGACAAUCUCCAGGGUCCAUUGCCUGUCCCGUCCGAUUGGUCUCAUCUGCUCGAGCCCUUCCGCGACCCCGCGGGGACUGUCUGCUGGAACGACAAUAUCAUGUUCGGCUUCCUAUCGUACCUUCUCAUCCUACAGGUCAUGAUGGUCAUUUGGUCCACCUUCAUCGUCCAGGUCGCCGUGCGCGUGCUUCAGGGCAACAGCGCCGAGGAUAUCAGAAGCGAUGACGAAGGUGGGGAAGGCGAGGAGGAAGAAGAGUCCGAGUAUGAGGAGGUCCAGCCCCUCGAGAAGGAGGUCGGCGUUGAGGCCAUUGACCUGAAGGGGUGGGAGCGCCGCCAUGCUGUCAAGAGGGCCGCGAGCUCAAGUGGCGUCAGUUUGCCCGGGCCCAGCGAUCGUCGAAAGGAGUUGCUGAACAGGAUCGGGUGCGAGAAGCAAAUUGACUGAGGAACACUUUGCGCGAUGGCGAUGGCGAUGGCCUUCUAGGCUGCCUCGAAAACCCGUGGCUUGAUCGGUUGGCGGUGGAUCUGACGGCUCGAA